GCAUGGCGUGGCUUCCCAGCUCCUUCCCCUGGGGGAACUUCAGCGUUUUAGCGGUGGGCGUCUGGGCCAUUGCACAGAGGGACUCCAUCGACGCUGUGCUCAUGUUUCUGGUCGGGAUGAUUCUGACAAUAUUGACCGACAUCAUCCACUUUGGGAUUUAUUACGAGCUGAACGAGUUGGCACCGGCUCGGGCGAAGGGAGUGUUCCACUUCAGCGCAGGAAUGGCCAUUCUCAACCUGCUGCUCAAACCCGUGUCCUGCUUCUUCGUUUACCAAAUGUACCGCGAGCGUGGAGGAGAUUACAACGUCAACUUCGGUUUUCCCUCUGUAUCACGGAACAGAGACGCCUACCAGUCCAUCGACCAGCAGGACGAGUCCUCCAACCCGGCCAAUCCCUUCAACCAGGCCCAGGACAGCAAACCAGCAGUCCGCACAUACUGAGAGCAGCAGGCGGUGAAGCACGCACGGUUUUCCUCUGACAUUUUAUGCAGCAGUGCUCAGGGGCAAUUCUUACAAAUCAAUUCCACGUCAGUCCAUUUGUUUCGUACAGUUGCUCUGCUGCAGCACUGAAAACUAAUUGAAUACCUUUAUUAUGGUAAACCACCCGGUCUGGGUUUUUAAAUGAAAUGUGGCGGUAAUUAAACCCAUCGUAAAUUCGUGUCUUCGAAGAUGGGAAUGUUUUUUUUCCUGCUGAGCUCAUUCAUCACUGCUGAAUAAAUACAGAGGAAAAAUCGUUCCACCCUUCCUGUGCUGUGAUUCAGUUUUUACCGGCGACUAUUUUUAGUGGAACUGUUGUUUGCAGGAGUUUCACUGGUUUACUUUUCCCAACUGAAUCGUUUUUUUGGUUUUUUUUUUCACAAAUGUGGGACAUUACGAGUGAUUUGUGUUUCUCUUUGUGUUCUGUAAACAUUUAAGGACACGUCGUCGUCGUCGUCUGCAGUAGGAAAUUAUUGUUUUCCAGCAAUACUCAAAGCACUGGACAGUUUUUAACACAGGAGUGUGUCAUGCCUGAGAAACCACGAAAGUUGGAGUCUGA